ACGCAAAGGAAGGCGAUGUCGUCGGAGGGCAGCACCUGCGAGGGGGGCAACGCUCUGUUCUCGGGUUUCCGCGCGCUCGGCCUCUUCUCCAACCACUUGGCGCACGUGGUGCGCUUCCACCGCCGCCACCGGGAGUUCUACCUGGUCACCGCGGUGGGGAAGAGCUUCCACACGUACAACGUGAAGAAACUAGGCAUAGUUGCUGUUAGCAAUGCUUUGCCACAGGACAUUACCUGCUUGGCAGCCGACAGAAUGUUGGUCUUUGCAUCUUAUGGCAGUCUUCUCCAUGCUUUUGCUCGGAACAAAGAGGUGGUUCACACUUACAAAGGUCACAGAGCAGAUGUUCACCUUGUACUGCCAUUUGGGGAUCAUUUGAUUUCUGUUGAUCGUGAUAACAUUCUCAUUAUUUGGGAUGUACAGUCAGAAGAAGAAUACUUGCAGAUGAAUUUUGAUAAGACAGUGUUUGCUGUUUCUGCAAUUAUGCACCCAAGUACCUAUUUGAAUAAAAUUCUUCUUGGUAGUGAACAAGGAAAUCUACAGUUGUGGAAUGUAAAAUCCAACAAACUUUUAUAUACAUUUCCCGGCUGGGGAGCAGGAGUGACAGUCCUUCAACAGGCCCCAGCAGUGGAUGUCAUUGCAGUAGGUCUUGUGUCUGGUCACAUCAUAGUGCACAAUAUUAAAUUUGAUGAAACGCUGAUGAAAUUUCAACAAGACUGGGGUCCCAUAACAGCAAUAUCAUUCCGUACAGAUGGACACCCAGUUAUGGCUGCUGGAAGUCCUGUUGGGCAUAUUGGGUUGUGGGAUCUAGAAGAAAAGAAACUUCAGGGCCAGAUGAGAGAUGCCCAUUCCACAGCAAUUUCGGGUAUGUCGUUUGUCCAAGGGGAACCACUUCUUAUUACCAAUGGUUCGGACAAUGCAAUAAGGGUAUGGAUCUUUGAUGGCCCUGGAGGAAGUGGUAGAUUGCUAAGAUUCCGAAUGGGCCACAGUGCACCACCAACAAAAAUCAGAUAUCAUGGGCAAAAUGGGCAGCAAAUUCUCAGUGCCGGACAAGAUAGUACCUUGCAGUCAUUUUCCACGGUGCAUGAGCGAUUCAAUAAAAGCUUAGGACGCGGUUCCAUAAACAAAAAGAAAUCAAAAAAGAAAGGACUCCGGUAUGAUACAAUGGCUCUUCCACCUAUUACAACAUUUGCUACAGAGGUGGCCCGUCAAAGUGACUGGGAUGGGAUCAUUGCUUGCCAUCAAGGUUAUGUAACCUGUACUACCUGGAAUUAUCAGAAAGGGUCAAUGGGAGUUCAUAAACUGACGCCACAAGACUUCAGCAAAAAUAAACCUCCUGGUGUAUAUGCAACAGCAGUAGAUAUCAGUUCCUGUGGAAACUUCGCUGUAAUUGGACUUUCAACAGGCCAUGUGGAUGUAUACAACAUGCAGUCUGGCAUUCAUAGAGGGCGUUAUGGCAAAGAAAAAGCUCAUGAAGGCUCCAUAAGAGGAGUAGCCGUGGAUGGAUUAAACCAGCUGACAACCACAGCAGGAAGUGAAGGAUUGAUCAAGUUCUGGAAAUUCAAGAGCACAAAAUUUGUUCACUCUAUUAACCUCCCUUCUUCUCCAAGUAAAAUGUUGCUUCACAGAGAAAGUUGCAUUCUGGGAAUUGUUACGGAUGACUUCACCAUUAGUGUCCUGGAUAUAGAAACACGAAAAAUCGUGAGGAAGUUUUCAGGGCACCAAGGCCAGAUAAAUGACCUGGCUUUCAGUUCUGAUGGCCGCUGGCUAAUAACGGCAGCUAUGGACUGCACCAUUAGAACCUGGGACCUGCCAUCUGGGUGCCUUGUUGACUGUUUCCUACUAGAUACAGCAGCAGUAAGCAUUACUAUGUCUCCUACGGGAGACUUCUUAGCUUCUUCCCAUGUAGAUGAUCUUGGAAUUUACCUGUGGUCUAACCGUUCGCUGUAUUCGCUUGUCUCUUUGCGUCCACUUCCACCGGAUUAUGAGCCUUCCGUAGUAACGCUUCCUGGAACAUGUCCAGCACAAGAUGUAGAUGUCACAGAAGAGGAAGAAAUAAGCGAUGAGAUGAUAGAAUACGAUUCUCCAGAACAGCUGGGAGAAGCAUUAGUGACCCUUUCUAUGUUGCCAAAAUCUAGAUGGAAGAACCUCCUCAAUCUUGAUAUUAUAAAGCAAAAGAACAAACCCAAAGAGCCACCAAAAGUGCCAAAAUCUGCGCCGUUCUUCAUCCCCACAAUUCCUGGCCUCAUACCACAAUAUGCUUCCAUUGAACAUGAAAAUGGUGGACAACAGUCAAAAGUAGUAAAUCUUGGAGUACUGGCACAAAAAUCUGAGUUCUACCUGAAGCUUGAAGAAGCUCUGAUAAACUGUGACUAUAAAUCUCCACUCCGUAUUCUGAAGGACAUGGGACCAUCUAACACCGAGGCAGAACUGAGAGGCUUGUCCCCUGAUGGCGGUGGCUCUGUUAGGGCGAUGCAAAGCUUCCUAAGAAUGAUUGAGGCCAUGCUGACUACAAAAUGCGACUUUGAACUGGCUCAGGCAUACCUUGCGUUGUUUCUGAAGUUGCACUUAAAAAUCCUUUCAUCAGAACCAGAUCUGCUGGCUGAACUAUCCAGACUGUCACCCCAGCUUGAAGAAAUUUGGGUGCAUUUACAGACUCUUUUCAACCAAAGCCUCUGCAUUUUAAAUUACAUGAAGACUGCUUUGUUGUAACAUUCCUUUUGUUCUAUUAAGAAUGCCCAGUUUAAUGUACAAAUCAUGUUUAAUAACGGAUGUUUUCUCUCUCAAGUUUUGGAAAGGUAACUGUACAGCUUGACUUCGUAACUUCAUUUUGUACAAAUUUAAACAUGAAUCUGUGCUACCUUCACAAAUGAAGUGUGUUUUUAUUAUUGUGUAAAUGACUGCUGAAACGGUAAAGAUCCCUGUCAAAAAUUAAGAUAUAUUCAAUAUGGUAAAACACUCAAUAUGCAGUUAUGAAUCUAAAUAAAUUUUAAGAGGUGA